UCAGGUGGUUGCUGUAAGGACGACCGUGUCUUCAGCAAAGAGAUGCUCAAUUUAUUCCAUCUACUCUAUCUUCAAGAGGACAGUUAUGCAUCUCCAUCUUCAAAUACUUUUCGUUGAUGAUUUGCAUGUUUAGCAGCGUUGUUUACUUAUAGAUACCUCCGUCCGAUAAGGUCGCAUUCCUCAAUCAUUAAAGUCGACCAACAGCACACACAUUCUUGAUUAGAGUCCUACCUUCGACUGAUUCCUUGCGCAUUCCAUGUCUUUAUUAUGGAGGAUAUACCCAACGCCCCUCAUUUGACCGAAUUUGCCAAUUUCACUGCAAACGAACCGCUUUUCGGCUCAAGUCCUUCAGCCGACGGACUAGCCCCCGUCAACGGGACAAGAGCGGCUUCCCACGAAGAUCGCGAGGAAGAGAGACGACUGAGCGACGAUGCUCAUAUGUCUAUUCAGGACUGCGGGUACAACUCAUCGGAUUCCUCAACGCAACGCUCCGCGAGCGACAUAGCUGGUCAUGACCUGGACGACGAUGACGACUUAACUCCAUUGGACUCGCGUGCAUCCAGUCGCUCGUCACUCUCCUCAAUCCCCGACUCGCUGAAACCUGCGAUCGCCUGCGGCGCAGAUGAGCGAAUCCGCCACUCCUGGGUCAAUCAAGAUAACCCCGGUCAUGGCAGAAUGGAGGCACAGUUCAAGUCCAUACAAACAAUCAGGCAACGGGAGGCUGCGUUCCGGAAGCCCAGUUCUGUGCGCGCAAUGCAGAUGCAUACGGAGGAUGAGGAUGAUGACGAGUUCCUGACUCCGCCCAAGCGGAGGGGUGGACAUCGGAUGUCGGAUAUCUCAAUCCGCUCGGCGGGGUCGUCUCCGCUUAAGAGAUCACCUUAUUACUCGCCUACCGGGUCUACGGGGAGGCAGAAAGUUAAGAAGGAGUAUCCGCUUGUUUUGCUUCACUGCACCUUGCUUCCUCCUUCGCUGCCUGUGCCAGGCUUGAUUGGAUACCCGGACCAGAAGAUACUGAGAGAGGUGCUGCCUCCGGAGUACUGGAGGAGAUGGAAGUUGCUGGAGGAGAAGGUUGGUUCCAGUGUGAUUCGUGACCGGGGUGUGCUCAUCUCUCACCCGGAGGAUAUGUAUGAUCUGCUUGAAGAACGAUUGCUGGAGAGUCUGGAACUCCAGCGUCCGCGGCUCCAUCAUGGCCACUUUUUGGGACAUGAGAACACGGAAUCGGAGAAGGGUGACCAGUCGGCCACAGAGGAUAGUGCAACUGAUGAUGAGCAAGGAGAAGAGUGCCCUGACUGUGGAGGACGAUUCCCAAGGCACGAUUCGAGUAGGAAGUGGGAGAUCAAGGUCUUCGCCGCGAACGGGCUGAUGAGAGCUGGUGCCUGGGCUGCAGCCUGGAAGGAGAUGGAAAAGGUGGAUGUCGAAGUCGGCCUUUGGCUGCCGUCUGAGAUUAGGCGGGAGCUGGAAAAGCGACUUUUGGACAACGAUCGCCCUAGCACCGACCUUAGGCUACGGGUGCCGCAACUCAGGGAGCCCGCCACCAGCAUCACGGCAGAGUUUUAUGAUCACUCGUCGCGCACGAAUACACCUACCCCAUUGAUUCAUGAGCCAAGAUUAUUUGCUCCUGAGGAGGCUGCCCGCCCCUCAUCCCCUGCACCAGCAAUUACAACGCCAGCGAAGGCUCCAGGCAUGCCACCCCCAACAUAUUCUCCGGGGCCAGUGGAAGAAAUCGACCUGCAAACGCUGCUCAUCAACUACAUCCGGGUCCUGGCUAGUGACCGUCGCAACGUGACAAUUGUCCUUUUGAGUGUGCUGGCGGUAUACCUUGCCCUUGGGGUCAAACCUCAAACCUCCCCUUCGCAUCUUCGGCCAUUUCCCGGGAAUAUGUUUGAGUCCAUGCCUGCGCUCUCAUCUACCGUUUCACUGGAGCAACAUCCGACUCCGAGCUGGACGGAACAGCCGAGCUUUUCUACUUUACUCUCUUUAACGGCAGCAGAACCUGCCAUGACAGCUGAAACUUCCGCCGUUGAAAAAGAAACCGUGAGGGAAGAGACCAGCUCGAAAGCUCCUCAGACUAUUCCUUCAGCGGCUUCUGAGUCUGUUAUUGUAUCCUCCUCCAGCACUGCUGCUCCUACGCCUGAGAUUGUUGCUCGAACGUCCUCCAAAACAGCAUCUUCCAAGACGGAAAGUAAGACUGCUAGUUUGGAUGGGAUCGAAACGUCUCCUGCAAAUCUAGAUCUGGUGACAGAGCGAGCUGAACCCACGUGUCCGGCGAUGAGAUUAGCAAAGGAUGAGAUAGAGACAAUCGCGGUAACGGAUUUGGCGGCUGACUUCUGCGAUGAUGAUUGAUUGAAUGAUUUAAAAAAUAAUUUGACAAGAUACUGAUGAUGGUACGACAUGAUGGAUUCGAUUCGAUUUACUGCGACGCUUAUGGGAUCUAUGUGGAGUUUGUUCCUUGAUUUGUUCAUCAUUUGCCCCAUUCAGAGCGUGCAUUCAAUUGUUUGUUUGAGGUUGUUUGGCAUAUUGGACUACAGGUUGUUGAUCAUUUGUCUGAUAUUUUAUAUUCACCAUGUUAGAGUCAAUGAAAUGAAUUUGAUUCCAUGA